UCGAGGAAGGACACAACUCAACAUGCAGUGCACCUUCAACGGGACUGUGCUGAUCAGAGUUCUCCCUCCACUGCUGGUGGUGGAGUUUGUUUUGGGAAUCCUUGGAAACGCUUUGGCUCUGUGGAUCUUCUGCUUCCACCUGAGGCCUUGGAAAAGCAGCACGGUGUUAGUCUUCAACCUGGCAAUGGCCGAUUUUCUGCUCAAUCUGGCGUUGCCAUUCCGUACCAGCUACUACAUCUCUGAGAUGAAAUGGAUGUUUGGCAACGCCUUAUGCAACAUUUGCCUCUUCAUGUUGGCUCUGAAUCGCAGUGGAAGCACCUUCUUCCUGAUGGCUAUCGCUGUGGACAGGUACAUGCGUGUGGUGCAUCCCCAUCAUCGCAUCAACUCCCUGAGUGUCUCUAAAGCUGCCAUUGGAGCACUUGGACUGUGGCUGGUGACCUUUUCAAUGACUGCUCACGUCUUCACUUUACAACACGUGAACACGACCUACUGUGAGAGCUUCAUGAUUGAGACCAAGCCCAAAAGUAAUCUGACCUGGCAUAAGUUUGUCUUCCUCUUUUCCUUCUUCAUGCCUCUGCUUGUGAUUCUCUACUGCACAGUGCACAUCAUCAGCCACCUGAGAGGGAGACAACUGGCCCAACAUGCCAAGAUUAAGAAGGCUCUGUUCUUCAUCAUGGUAGUGGUGGUGGUCUUCAUCAUUUGCUUCCUCCCGAGCAACAUCACACAGCUGCUGAUCUGGAUCAAGACACGAGAGUUAACCAACAUCCUCCCUGAACCUGACAUCUGUCCUGCCGUGGAGGAUCUGAACUCUGUAUUUUACAUCACCGUCAGCCUGACUUAUCUGAACAGUGCCAUGGAUCCUGUGAUCUAUUAUUUCUCCAGUCCUGCCUUUAAGAGCAUCGUCAGGAAAGCUCUUCACCUGCCCCAAGCAGACACUGUCGAAAGCACUGAGAUGAAAACUCGAGAAACUGGCUCCCAGUCACUCAGCCAGCUCUAAAAAGAAGAUGUCAUUUCUAUUCCUCUCAUAGCUAUCCAGUAUACACUACUGGUCAAAAGUUUUAGAACACCCCAAUGUACUGUCUAUGGACAGUUAGAGCUUUUGUUAGCGGCUGCUAAUUUGGUGAGGAGUCUCAGUGAAGACUGGGGCUCCUGUUAGCAGUCCACUAACUUUAUUGAGAAGCUAGUUGUAACUUGAGUCCUCGCAUAUUGUGCUAAAUGUGUGUGUUCAGAGGCACUGGCUUUGUUUAGUCUAUUCUGUGCACUCUUGACUCGUUUGUAUUAGUUUCUGUUAUUUGUGGUGGGCGCUGCUAUUGUGUUUAGGUUUGGCUAGGGAGUUUAGUUGUUUGUUAGUGUUUCACGAGUUUAAAAACUCUGUUAGCCUUCGUUUGGUUUUACUUUAUUGUUUGAUUUAGCUGCAUCCACCAGUCCUGUUUUCUUUCUUUGAUCAUUAUUAUGCUAAAUUUGCCACUGGGCAAUAAAUUGCUUUACAAAACCAAUUGCAUCUUAUUUUGUUACAUCCAGCUGACUCUAGCGGUUGGACCAU